AUGGAGAGCCUUUAUGGACAAGACCUCUGCUUUCCACAGCUCCUCAACACCUCCUGUAGGAAGUCACUGCACCAUGGUAAUCAAACCAUUUUCCUUUACAUCCUGCUUUCCUGCAUCUCUCUGCUCACUGUGACUCUUAACCUGCUGGUCAUCGUUUCUAUCUCCCACUUCAGGCAGCUUCACAGCCAAACCAACUUCAUCCUUCUCUCUCUGGCUGUCUCGGACUUCCUUGUUGGCCUCCUUUUGAUGCCACCUCGAAUCCUCCUUUUAGGGGGUUGCUGGUUUUGGGGGAACUUUAUUUGUGGAGUGUUUUACUAUGCCUCUUUCAUCCUCACAUCUGCCUCAGUAGGACACAUGGUCCUUAUUUCACUUGACCGAUAUGUAGCCAUUUGUGACCCUUUGUGUUACCCUACCAUAGUUACUCAAAGGAGAGUUCAGAUCUUUGUUUGUCUGUGUUGGGCCUGUUCACUGCUCUAUAAUGGCAUGAUACUAAACAGCUUUCUGAAACAGCCAGACAGAUAUAAUUCUUGCCAUGGGGAGUGCAUAGUUGUAAUUAACUUCGUAACUGGUGCUUCUGAUAUUGUAAUUACCUUUAUUGGCCCCAUAGCUGUCAUUAUAUUUCUGUACAUGAAAGUAUUUGUGGUGGCUGUGUCUCAGGCUCGGGCCAUGAGAUCUCAAAUUGCAUUUGUCUCUUCACGGGCUUCAGUUCAUGUUACCAUUAAAAAGUCUGAGAGAAAAGCAGCUACAACUAUUGGUGUCAUUGUGGUUGUGUUUCUGAUAUGUUUCUGUCCUUAUUUUUAUCCCUCCCUUGUGGGCCAGGACACAUCAACCAGUGUGGAAUUUUCAGUUUUUGGGGUCUGGUUACUUUAUUGUAACUCCUGUCUAAAUCCACUGAUUUAUGCUUUUUUCUAUCCCUGGUUUAGGAGAACUGUUAAACUAAUAGUUACACUGCAAAUUCUGCAGCCUGAUUCCUGUUAUGCCAACAUACUAUCACCAAGCUGCUGCUUUGCCGGUGUGGAUUUUGGCUGGUCAAGUCGAAGCCACUAUAUUGAUGACCAGGUGGUGGACACCAGAGGUGAAGGCAGGCAUCAAGCUGAUGGAGUCCUAUUGGGCUUGUGGAAGCAGAGCCUUGGGAUGAGAGGGAUGACUCCCAACACUGGGAGUGAGGUCACUGAGGUGGUUAAACAACUCCUUGAUUCCAGGGCCCCUUUGGUGGAUGAGAUUCAUCAUGAGUUCCUAAAAGCUCUGGAUGGUGUAGGGCUGUCUUGUUUGACACACCUCUGCAAAGUCGUGUGGAAACAUGAGGCGGUGCCACUAGAUUGA